GACGAUAAUGCGCUUUUACGCUAAAUUGCCAACCGCCAAUAAACACAAAGAAGAAGACUACGUCACGUACGUAACGUGACGUACGUAACAUAGUAAGGAAGUGGGCAUUCUUUAAGCCUUGUAAAUAUUUGUACCCUGGGAGUUUUCUUACUUCUUUACUUUUUACACAUAAAACGCUUUUAUGACUCGUGUUUUACGAAUUUGAUCAUUUUAGAGCAUCAGUUAAACCUAUAGGCUCCUCGUACGAUUUCAGUGUCGUUGGCAGAGAGGAUGUGACAAGACAAAUCGUAGAGGACUUUGCAGCCAGUUUUAGAUUGAUACUGUUAUUAUUUCUAAGUAGCCUUUUCAUUUCUUCAAGACGGGGUGCUUGUUAUGAGCAGCAACAGAUGUUUGUUCACAAGAGCUGUGCCCCAAAAGGUCAAGUGAGUGGAGAAACUGCAGCUGCUAUCAAAUAAUGCUCAGUCGCAUGAUGUCAGUAUGGUUUUGGUUUGGAUCAGAUCGUCCUGGAUUCUGUCUGGGAACAUCUUCAAUGAUAACGCUGAUGCUUCUGGUUUAUGCUGGAGGCAUCCAGGCAAGUCUCAGUGUAGGUCCAGGUGGAGACUUCCCAAGGUUUAGAGAUCUUUUCCUUUACGCUCUCAGUCAUGAUGACCUGCCCUCUCUGCUGGUCAGUGUUGCUCUCCUGCUGCUGGUCGGACCAUGUCAGGAGCGUCGAUGGGGAACAGUCGCCUUCCUCGUCCUCUCCAUUCUGACAAUGGCCAUAUUACCUUUUCUUUACACCCUGGUCCUCUUCGUUGGUGGUGGUGAGGCGAGUCGGAUCUGCGGUUACUCUGGCAUCCAGCUGGCUCUGUUUACAGCGCAGUGUCGUCAGGUGACACAGAGGAGGCUGCUGAGGUGUUUGCCAGUAUGGUUUCUCCCCUGGAUGCUUCUACUGAUUGGUCUGCUGCUACUGCCAGGGACACCUGCCCUGCUUCACUUCUGCGCAAUAUGUAUUGGACACAACUAUCGUCAGCCCUUCAUUGGGACAUUACAGGAGCUGGAGGAGGCCAGGGUCUUGGAUGUCAUUCCUGAUUGGGCAUAUGUUCCCACCUCAGCCAGGCUCAGACUGCCCACCUACACUACCUCACAGAGAUCCGGAUCACUUUCUCAGAUGAUGCCUGUAGGUCAGGCAGCUGCUCCUCCCACGAGGGACCUCUCUAUUCUCAAUCACCACCCUUGGAUGGAGCCAUCGCCCGCCUGGAUGAUGGAGGAGUCCGCUGCAGUGUCUGAGGCAGAGGCGCUGGAGGAGCAGAUGCUAAGGGCAGGGAUACUGGCCUCAUUACAGGAUGCUCCUGAUAACCCUGAUGCAAAAGUGGAAGUUCAUAAAUCAUCAGUUUCUUCUUUGCGACUCCAGCAGCUGGAGAAGAUGGGCUUCCCUACAGAAAAAGCUGUAGUGGCAUUAGCAGCCUCAAAACAGCUAGAUGGCGCCAUCUCUCUGCUCAUCGACGACAGCGUUGGGGAACAAGCUGUGGUAGUUUCAAAGGGAAAGCCACCACAGUAGACAACUUCACACUACCGGACUGAAUCUGUAACAGUAUUUGCACUUGUGCAGUAAACUGGAUAUAAAUAAUGCUUGGGUUUUGCUGAGCUUAACUAUUGUACUUUUUCCCUGUGGGCGUCUUGUUCAACUAUUACAAUGAUAAGAAUUCACAUGGAAAAGAGGGGCCUAAAUGCAAACUUGAUUAUUUGACACAGUUUCUGUAGCUGCACAUAAAAUGUACAUUGGAGAGAGUGGAUGUAAUUUAUUUACAUUGCGAUACUGUUUAAAUCAAUAUUGUUGUGCCACAAAUAAAGACAGGUGACUUGUUUAAAAAACAACAAACAUUAUUUUAUUACACCGAUCAUCUAGACAGGAUUAUCUUAACACAAUAACACAUUUGCAAGAAAAAAAGUUCAAAAUAUGAAAUGGUUACACAACAGCAUACAAAAUAAACUACAAUUGAUCAUUUUUAAAUAGUUUCACAAUAAGUUUGAUAUAAGAUGAAAAAACAAUUAUCAAGUCUUUUCAUCAGGACAGUUUAAGCAGUCUAGGUUUACCAACACAGCAGUGGUAAAAAAUAUGUUCAAGUUCUGUUAACAGUUUUGCUAUUUCCUGUGUGUGUGUGUGCUUGUGUUAAACAUCUUAAAAUGUACAGCCAGGUUUCAUUUCAACAUGUCCUUUUACCAGAAUGCAACAUUAUUUAUGACUGUUUCGGUUUAUAUGCAGCCAAACCCAAAUGCAAAUGUUAGUGCAUUUUUUUGUGCUGAUUAAAUGUAAAUAUACUAUUGUUCAUUAAA